AUGGGCUGGGUUGGAGUGGCUACACUCAUUGCGACGGCAUGUUUCGUCCUCUACCGUUAUCCCCCUCGUUCCUGGCCGCUCGAUCCCGAACCCUCGUCUACCCCUCGACCCCAACCGGAACCGAUCUCCGAAAAAACCGUCCCAGCUUCGGGCGGAGAAGACGUGGAGGCCAAGAAUGUGAAGCCGGUAGAUGAGGCAGAUUCUUCGCGUGAUGGCGAUGGAGAAGAGGCAGAGGAUGCACAGUCGACACCCAAAGCAUCGGCCUCGACGCCAGUUCUCCAAGUGCCAACGUUCAGCCUGGAUGAUAACCCACGCCCCACAACUGAACAAUCCAGCCAGGGACUGCGGAAUGAUAAUCACGCCUCGAUCAAACAACCAUCUGCAUCUUCAUCGUCGACUCCCUCCAUCAUGACCAACAAUCCAGAGUCGCUAACUAUGCCGCCACCACCGCAACCAUCAUCGACUUCCUCCUCGUUAAUGCCUCCCCCUCCGCUCCCGCGCCUGCGCCCGACAGCCCAGCAAAAUCAAUCUCAACCUCGACCACAACUCCCUCAGUCCUCCUCGCUGUUAACCCCAGGACGACUCCCCCCUCGCCCCAGCGCAGGCAACUCCCUCCGCCCCCCUCCAUCCGCUGCAUCCUCCCUCCGAGCCCCUCCCACCAGCAGCCGCCCCCCAAUGAGCAACAGCCUAGCCCCCACAAAGACCCUCAAACCAUCCCCUUCGUCCAAAAGAGCCGUCCUCGAACCAGGCUUCUCUCCCCUUGACUGGGCCGCGCUCACCUCCAACCCCAAAAACAACCUGCGCGGGGCGAACCUGCCCCCGGGUCUGAUCCGGGUGACGCCGUCGAUGCUCAAGGCGCAGAAUGGCCGAAAGGGCGCCGACGCGUGGACCUCCUAUCAGGGCAAGGUGUUUAACAUCCAGCCAUACGUCCCGUUUCAUCCGGGCGGGAAGGGCGAGCUGCUACGGGGUGCUGGGAAGGAUUCGGGAAAGUUGUUCAUGGAGAUUCAUCCGUGGGUGAAUUGGGAUGCUAUACUGGGGGAGUGUCUGGUUGGGAUUCUGGUUUCGGAGAAUGAGGCUGCGGGUGAGAAUAAUCUCGAUUCGAUGGAUUAG